AUGUCCGCAGCACUCAUCUUUGGCGGGUCCGGAAAGGAGUCUCAGAUCCCCGAGCUCGAAGCACUUGGAUCCAAGCCCAUUGUGCAAAGCAUUGAAGAUUCCAGUGUCGACGACCUCACAGCGACUAUCAAGAAACACAGUCCUAAUGUGGUCAUCUGGAGUGCAGGAGCUGGAGGCGGCAGUCCUGAGCGCACAAAGGCUGUAGACCAUGAAGGUGCUGUCAAGGUCUUUGAUGCCACGGCUGCUGCAGGGGUAAAGCGAAUUAUCAUCGUCAGUGCAGUAGACAUCCGCGAUCGUGGCAACAAGCCAACUCCAGAAUGCAAGCGAAUGUGGGAUGUAAUUGGUGUCUACUGUCAGGCAAAGCUUGACGCUGAUCGCGACUUGGUCACCCAAAACGACCGCCGCAAGCUGGACUACACGAUCGUCCGUCCGGGAUCACUCAACACGGAAAAGGGUUCUGGCAAGGCUGCAGCUGGUAAAGUGCACUUGGGCAAGAGCGUCUCCCGAGAGGAUGUUGCCGAGGUCAUUGUGCAAUGCAUCGAGAACCCGUCUACCAUCGGUCUGGCAUUCGAUGUUGUUGGUGGUGAAACCCCAAUCCCUCAAGCUGUGGACGAAGUCGGCAGCAAGAAGAUCGAUACCUUCGAAGGACGCUACUAA